GGUACGACGGAAAUGUGCCAUAAUAAAUAAUGAGUCGGAAGAAUAUCCAAGAAGAAUCCGUGGCCUUGCAUUACAAAUCUCGUUGGCCUAAUCAUCAUCACACAUCUUCUUCAACAUGCCUACCGAGUUAAUUCUUGAGCUAGAUUUCAAACUUUCUGCCGCAAGAGAAAAUAAAGUAAUCACAAAUCUUCACAUAUGAGAAAGUGGGCUCCCUUCUCUCCCUCACAGGAGGACAUCACCAGUCUUUAAAAUCAACAUCUCAUCAUAUCUCUCUUCUCCAUCACAAAAAUCGACACUCCCACAUUGUGUUCGCGCAAAUUCCUCUGAGAGAAAUGAGCUGUCGGGAGAGCGACAUCAUCGGAUGGUUCGACGCCGCUGCGGAAUCGGCCGCCGCGCAGCAGACGGAGACUCUCCGCCGCAUCCUAGUACGGAACCACGCGGCGGAGUAUCUCCAGAAGUGGCUGGGCGACGUCGACGUGCAGCGCCUCGAAGCUUCUGCAUUGGAAUCCCUCUUCGCUUCGUCUGUGCCCCUCGCCUCUCAUGCAGAUUUGGAGCCUUACAUUCGUCGAAUAGCCGACGGCGAAACGACGCCGCUUCUCACUCAGGAGCCCAUCACCACUCUCUCCUUAAGCUCCGGCACGACGGAGGGGAGGCCGAAGUACGUCCCGUUCACUCGACAUAGCUCGGAGACGACGCUUCAGAUAUUUAAGCUCGCCGCGGCGUAUAGGUCAAGGAUGUACCCGACCAGGGAAAAGGGGAGAGUUCUCGAGUUCAUAUACAGUAGCCAACGGUCUAAGACCAAGGGCGGGAUAACGGUGGGGACUGCGACGACGCAUGUGUACGCGAGCGAGGAGUUCAAGAUGAAGCAGCACGAGACGAAGUCGUACACGUGUAGCCCACAAGAGGUGAUCUCUAGUGGAGACUACAAGCAGUCGACCUAUUGUCACCUCCUUCUCGGCAUUCAUUAUGCCAAGGAGGUCGAAUACGUGACCUCGACGUUCGCAUACAGCGUCGUGCAAGCGUUCAGGUCGUUCCAAGAGGUUUGGAGGGAGAUUUGCGUUGACAUUCGGGACGGGACCCUGAGCCCCACCAGGGUUUCAAUCCCGGACGUGCGCAGGGCUGUCCUGGAGGUCAUCCGUCCGAAUCCUGACCUGGCCUCGAAAAUCGAGGCCAGGUGCCAGGAUUUGGAAAAGAGGGAUUGGAUGGGCCUUAUACCUGAGUUAUGGCCUAAUGCCAAAUAUGUUUACUCAAUCAUGACAGGAUCAAUGCAGCCCUAUUUGAGCAAGCUAUCACACUAUGCAGGGAAUCUAGCCCUAAUUAGUGCGGAUUACGGUUCCACUGAGAGCUGGAUUGGAGUGAAUAUGGAGCCGUGUUCGCCGCCUGAUAAGGUCGUAUUUGCAGUUAUACCAACAUUCUCGUACUUCGAGUUCAUACCUCUUCGCCGACAAAGCCACGACACUGAUGACCGCCAAAGCACCGAUGACUUCGUUGAGGACAACCCGGUGCCGCUCUCUCAGGUCAAAAUGGGAAAGGAAUAUGAGAUUGUGCUAACAACUUUCACUGGCCUAUACCGGUACCGGCUAGGCGACGUGGUCGAGGUGACCGGGUUCCACCGCAACACCCCGAAGCUAAACUUCAUCUGCCGGAGAAAGCUAAUCCUGACCGUGAACAUCGACAAGAACACGGAGAAGGACCUCCAAUCCGUGGUGGCGAGGGGCUCGCAGAUUUUGCGAAACACUGGGGCCGAGCUGGUGGACUUCACGAGCCACGCGGACAUUGGGAAGCAGCCGGGGCACUACAUAAUCUACUGGGAGAUCGAGGGCGAGGGAGAGGUCGAGGAGCGCCUCCUAGAAGAGUGUUGCCGGGAGAUGGACGCGGCCUUUGUCGACCAGGGGUACAUCGUGUCGAGGAAGUGCAACUCGAUCGGGCCGUUGGAGCUGUGCAUCGUGGAGAAGGGGACGUUCAAGAAGAUAAUGGAGAAUUUCAUAGCAAAUGGGGCAGCAUUGAGCCAAUUCAAGACGCCUAGGUGCACUAGCAACCCUGUUUUGCUUAGGAUUUUGAAUGUUCGUACCAUUAAGAAGUUUCAUAGCACUGCCUAUGCCUCCUAGUUAGGUCAAGAGAUUUGAUUUGGUUGGGGUUAGGGUUGUGGUUGUUUUUGAUGUUGUAUGUUGAAAUCGAGUCCCGGGUUUCGCACUUGUGAUCUUUAGGUUGCGAGAUCAAUUUGUUUGGUCAAUAAAAGACAUGGUCCCGUGUUAUUUAA